AAGAAGCAAGCCCCCCCCCGAGGUCAAGGCGAGGAGUGUUAGUUACCCGGCGUUCAUUUGGACACUGUUUUCAAAGGACGAAUGUUUUUCUACGACUUUGUGGAACUAUACAUAGGAACAAACUAACGCAGUCAUCUGGUUUGGACGUGUUAACAUCAUAGACUUCACUGGAUACUGCAGAUAAUCAGAAGCACGCUAGGAUGACCAGUGUGCAGGUGCUUUGCAGCAGAAGCAGGUUGGUAAGUUACCUUCCAGGGCUCCAUGUGUUGGUGUAUCGUGUGGCUGGAGGCAGAGCCUUCACUGCUGCUGAUUCUUCAGGCUUAAAGGAGCCCGCUUUGGCCAGUGCUCCCUCUGCUAAAGGACUGCAGACGCUACGGCCUGAUGAGAUGAUGGGGCCGUUCGGGCCCCAGGACCAGCGCUUCCUGCUGCCCGGUAAUGUGGGCUUUGACUGCCAGCUGGAAGGAGAGACAGAGCAACAGAAGAGCCUGACAGACAAGAUGCUACCAGAUGUGUUGUCUGCUCCAUCCUGCUAUGAGAAGCACGAGUGGCUUCUAGCCCCGUCUGUUGGAGAGCUCUCUAACAAGGGCGAUCCUGCGUCCUCUGACAAAGUCAGCACAGCUGAACAUUACUUUGACAACUCGAGAGUAGAGUGUGCCACACAGGCAUGUCCUGAACUCUUAAAGAAAGAUUUCCAGUCAAUGUUUCCUGAAGCUCCAUCCUGUGGUAUGAUGGUUGUCACGGUUACCCAGAAGACACAGAACGAUAUGGCGUCAUGGUCUGCUGAGGUGGAAGAUGAGAGAGAGCAGAUGCUUGACAAGUUUGUUGCAGGUGCACGGGACAUCUGCUGUGCGCUGCAGAGAGAAGGAUUCUGGGCAGACUUCAUCGACCCAUCAUCAGGCCUCGCUUACUUUGGCCCGUACACCAACAACACACUGUAUGAGACAGAUGACAGAUACCGUCACCUGGGCUUUCAGAUUGAGGACCUGGGCUGCUGCAAAGUGAUCCGACACUCGUUGUGGGGGACACAUGCUUUUGUAGGGACAAUAUUCACCAGCGCACCACCUGAUACUCCUGCUAUGAAGACGUUGCAGGGUAGAUGAACACAGGCUCUGGGAUACUGACUGUAACAUGUCUCUCCACUAACAGAGUGGUUGGUGGUUUUGACCAUAUCUGUAAUCAUAUUAAGGCUUAAAUAAUGCUGACACCACAAUAAAGCUUGUGAAUGUUUUGCCUUUGAAAUUAGUUUGUUUGAAUGACACAUUCUAUAAAUGAAUAACCCUUAGAUUAAUUACCUUAGCUGCCCUUUUAAAAACAGUUGUGUUAAACCAUGUUUGCACUGCUUACUAGAGUUUGAAGAUUGUGCACUGCUGCACAAAGAGACAAGUUCUCAGUUUUCCGGUCUAUCAGCCUCCCUUAUUCUUAAGAAAAACACGAGCAUCCUCAGUGAGAAAAGACCUCGUUUUACAGUUGGUGUUAAACUCCUUUCUAAUCAUUGAAAAUACUUUAGAAUCAUCACUGGACAUACUUAUUGAUCCCACCAUGAGCCAUGUUGUUCUUUUGGCAGGGACACGCUUUCACCUGAAGUGCUCACAAUCUUGAAAAAUGAAAUUGGGGAAUAAAAUGUGCUGAAAUAUUGACAUAAGUAAAGGUAGAAUUAGUUUAACAAAGAUGUUAUGCAAAAUGAUGAGUGAUUUUAGAUAAAUGCCCACACUGCCCUUUUCAGGGCAGUGUGUAUUUUAGCAGGCUGCUCCCAUGAUUAACGAACACCAGAUAUAUUUACAUUUAUUUUUAGUUUUGUAUUAGUUUAUGUAUUUUUAGGUUCUAUUGCUUGAAAAUGUUUGAUUUCAGUUUGUUUGUUUAUUAGUUUGUAUUUCAGUUUUUUUCCCUUUUAUAAUAUGGAGGGUAUUUUUCUGGAUCAGGUUUUAGGACGUUCACAGUACAGGCUAACCAGCCACUUUAUUAGAUACCACCUGUUCAACUCUGACAUAUAUCUGAUGUGUGUGUUCAUGAGCUGCUGAUCUGCUGUUGCCCAGGCUACAGAGAACAGUCUGAAAGAGAACAUUUCCAGUGAGGAGCGGCUCUCUGGGAGAAAAUGUCUUGUUGGUAUCAAAGGAGGACGCCCAGAGUGCUUCAAGCUGCUAGGAAAGUAACAGUAACUGAAAUAUCUACUUAUUGAAACCAAGUACUGAUGGCUAAAUGAAGCUUGUAUUUAAAAAAAGCUUCAUUACGCGAAGCUUUUCAACACAGCUCUCUUUGGUGACAUCUA